CAUAAGCAACAUAAUCUUUCUCAAAGGGUUACAAGACUUGAUAACGAAUCUGAUGGCGAAAAUGACAGUACAGGACAUGUUUCUUAUGCAAAAAGCCAUCAAAGUCCCUAUUCACCUCAACUGAGGGAGCGAUUUGAUACAUACUAAAAACUAAAAACUUUCGAUUCCCAUGCUCCUCUUAGAACUGUUCGAAUUUCGAAAGAAAGGGAUCCAUGGUUGACAGCAAACUUGAAAUUCAUGAUGAAACUGCGUGAUAGAGCUUUUACCAGAUUCAAAAGAAGCAAGCUCCCCCCCCACUGGGAUUAUUACAAGCAAAUGAGAAACCUCACAAACCGCACAAUCAAGUGGGAAAAGAAGGCCUACCUGGAGUUCCGCCUCAAAGACAUGGUAGCCAUUGAAAUUCCUGACACAAAUGUGCAGAAAAACGAAGUUAGUGCUGGUGAAUAUGUACUCGAUAUGUACGAAAAUCAAGUGUUUCCAGGACAAGUAAAAGAAGUAGCUGUGCAUACAGUUUUAAUUUCAGCAAUGGAAAAGUGUGGGGGAAAUUGGAAGUGGCCCAGAAAACCAGAUGCGAUUUGGUAUUUCUAUGAUGACAUUAAACGAAAAACUGACAAGCCAUGUCAAAUAUCUAAGAGAGAAAUCUUCAAAGUUCCUGAAUUACCGCAACUUAAAUAUUUUGCUUAUUAAAAUUUGAUUUAUUUUGUGCUUGGUCUUAUUAGUUUGGUUUUCAUUUGUGUCACCAUUAAGAGAUACAUUUCUCUUCUAUUUGUAUACAAAUUCUUCAUAGAAUAUAUAUUUUUUGUACACAA